AAAUGAGGACAAAGAAAAGGAAUCCCUUUUUCUAACAACGGUUGAUACAAAUUGAUUCAUAAUCUUCAAAGAGUUAAUAAUAGUUUAAUCUACAUUUGGUUGAUGGUCGCUGCCUUUUCUGCAAUCAUUCUCAUUGAUUUUGAUUAAACUAUCUUCCUUCUUUUUAACUUAGCAUGCAUUAAAAAUAGGUUUCUUUUCAUGAGAACAGAGUGUUUCUUGGGGCUUGGUAAAUUUUGGCUCAUGAUUAAACGUCAAAUUAAUGGUUCACAUUCUUGGUUGGAUACACAUAUGCAGACUGUUUGCCAUUUGGUGGUUGUUAGAUUUUUGUCAUGAGUGGGAGGCGUUCAUUGAUAUAUUUCAGGAAACCAUGACCCAUAAAGGAGAGAAGGUGGCUGUAGAACCUGAAAAUGUGUUUGAACGUCCCAGGGAAUCUGACAGUCCUUCAUAUCAGAAAAGGCAGAAGAUGGCCCUGUCGGCACGGACAGAAGGAGCAGGAGACGGUGGUAUUGGACGCUCUGCCAUGUCUACGGAAAAGGAAUAUGAAAAAAUCUUCAAAUUGCUUGAAGGAGUGCAAGGACCUAUAGAAAUCAAAAAACAAUUUUUUGAAUCCAACAUCAAGGAAGCAGCAAGGUAUAUGAGAGGAGACUUAAUUCCACACCUUGAGAAGAAACUGGAAGAAAUGACGUCUGGCUACUUGUCCAAGAAGGAACAUCAGACCCUAAAUGCAUAAUCUCUUUAAUGAUUGAGGUGGAAAGAGAAUCAAAUUGCUGUUUUUUACAAUAGAGUAGGAUAUGGCUGAAGCCUCCUAGCAUGUGUUAGUGAAUAAAAUGGCCUCCCAGAGGCUAAGAAAUUUCUGUCAGUAAACAUUGGUCUUUUUCCCUAAGCAUUUCAUUUGCAAGGAUAACUUAUUUGUUGGUUUGUUGAUUUUCCCACCUGUGCUGGCAGACAUUAUUGACCCAUCAAGUAAAUACUAUUACAGCGGUGGUUUCUGCAGCAGCCAACAUUUGUUGUAACUGGUAUUUAUAACUGCCUUCUUUCACUACCCAUUUCUCUUUCCCUUUGCCCUGGCGAAAGCAUGUCAGCUGCUCAUGGUGCUUGGUCUGGCAGAAUGACUCAAACCUUCAUUACUGAACAGUCUGAACCAUUAGAUGUCCUGCCUAGAUGGGGUUGCUGUAAGUUUUCAUUAACUCUAAUCAUAAAACAUGGGAGUACUAAGAAGCUCUCUAGACAUAUCGGACAUACUGUUCCUUAGCCCCUGGUGUAGUAGGAACCCAAUAUUCAUUUUUCUUUCCAUCACCCAAGCCAGUAGCAGGCCCCCUACUUUGUCUCUUGGUUGAGAGGAAUGUAUAGUUCAAAGCGGUCAGUUUGCAGACACAACUUUCAUUUGCUCUAAUUUCCAUUAACUCUAAUCGCAAAACACAGGAGGACUAAGAAGCUCUCUAGACAUAUAAGACAUGCUCUUUCUUAGCCUCUGGUGUAGUAGGAACUCCAUCUCCCUUUGAUUGUCAUUUUCCGUCACCCCAGCCUGUAGCGGACCCCCUUCUUUGUCUCUUGUUUGAGAAUGAACUUUCCAAAGGGAUCAGCUUGCAGACCCAACUUUCAUUUCAAUGGAAUGAUUUUUGGAUCCGCUAUUAAAAACAAAUCUCUCAAUUUGUAACUAAGAUCUCUAGUCCAGCAGAGCCAAAUGUUUGCAAAAAGCAAAAUUUUACUACUAGAUACCCAGAAGUAAUAGUGAGAGGAGGCCCUCAUCUUGCCUCUUUCAUUCUUGAAGACAUAGAUGUGGCUAUAGAAAAAUAGCUCCAUAUACUUGAUGCUGGGAUACAGCAUUGCCACCUCCUAGACUGUUAGCCAAGACCCUUAAGGCACUACCACAAAGCUGGAACUACAAGUCAGGCUUUAGAAGAUCAUUCCACGGUUCAAUUGAGCCAGCCACUUCAGGAUGGUGAAGUACAUCACGAGACUAGUCUAAUUGGCUACCAUAGGCCUAUUGCCAUACUUCAUUUGCUGUAAAGUGAGAUUCCUGUUUAAAACUGGUACAGUGUGGGAUACCACGAUGGUGGACACAGCGUUUCCUAAUACCACAAUGUUUGUUUUCUUGAAGUACCAUAGGUGAGAAUGAAAAUCCAUAUCCAGAAUAAGUGUCCAUUUGAGCAAAUCAAAGUGAUGACCCUUCAAUUGUGGAAGCAGAUUCAAGAAAUCACAGUGCUAUCUGGAAGCGGACAGACCACUCUGGGACAUGGUUUCAUGUUGGGUACUCAGUGUUGGUCUCUGCUGCUGGCAGAUUGAAUAGUGAGCAGUGGCUGUACUGACAUGGACCUGGGAAAUGAAAGUUGAUAUUACCAAGACCAUGGAUAACCUCUAUCUCAACCACCAUAAUCAUGAUGCACGGUUACUGUUUAUAAGAUGGAAGGGUGCACCUAAGGAAGUCUGGAGGUGAUUGAUGAUAGCAUCUGGAAACCAAAGGAAGAGGUUGAGCUGUGAGGUAAGUGCAUUUUAUGUCAACCCCACUUGUAUAUCCCACUGAUACUCAGUUUCUAGGAAAUUAUCCCAUAAAGCAGGAGAAUACACCAUAUAAUGAUCUAAAUCCCCCCCAAAUUGGGACCAGGAAAGAUAAUUCAACAAAAUCACCUUAUUCCCUUCAUGAUACUACACAUGCAUAUGGAAACCAAGGAGGACACGGCAACUAAUGAAAAAACACACACAGAUGCCUGGUAAUCAUCGCUGGGAUGCCAGCUCCUGCCGUACUCUUAAGCCCUGAUAGAACAUUUCACGAGACCUUCUCCAUUUGUGUUUGGCCAUUCUUCCUCUGCUCUUCACGGACAUUGUGAUUCAUGAUAGAAUGUGGAAACCAAAUGAAGAGGUUGAACUGUGAGUUAAGUGCAUUAUGUCAACCCCACAGGCAUAUCCUUCUGAUGGUCAGUUUCUGUAAAAUUACCCAAGAAUGCAGGAGAGCAUAUGCCAGGCAGCCAUUUGAUACCCCUCAAAUUGAGGCUAGAAAAACUAUACAACAAACCAACCUUCUACCCUUCAUGAAAAUGUGCCUGCUUAUGGAAACCAAGUAGGACGGAACAACUAAGAAGCAGACAUACACAGAUCCUGGUCCUCGUGGAUGAAACUCCAGCUGCCACCAUAUCACCAAGCCAUGGUGGACCAGUUGAUAAGACGUUAUCAUUUUGGGGUUAGCGGGUUUCCAUCCUCUGUUCAAAGGAAGAGGUUGAGCUGUGAGGUAAGUGCAUUAUGACAACCCCACUUGUAUAUCCCACUGAUGCUCAGUUUCUAGGAAAUCGUCCCAUGAAACUGGAGGAUAUGCCAGGUGGCCAUCUGAAAACCCUCAAAUGGAGCUCACAAUAGAUAAUAAAACAGAACACCUUUUUCCCUUCAUUACAGUAUGCGUACAUAUGGAAACCAAGCAGGAGAGUGCAACUAAUAAACUAACAUACACAGAUAUCUGGUACUCAUGGAUGACACACCAGCUUCUGCCCAAUUAAUAAGUCCUAAUGGAACAGUUGACAAGGUGUCAUCAGGUUGUGACUGGCCGUUUUCCAUCUUCUCUUCACAGACAUUGUGAAUGACACUAGCAUCUGGAAACUAAAUGAAGUGAUUGAGCUGCAACAUAGAUUUUUUUUCCCCAUACAACGCCAGAGGGACAGCUAUACACAAAUCAGUUUCUAGGGAAUUAUUUGUAUCAUCAAACAGAAGCAUAUACCACGUGGAAAUCCCAGAUCUUGCCAUCAGAGGUCAAGUGAGAUCAUACAAUGAAACUACCUUUUUACCUCUUGGCACAAUGAGUACAUGCAGUAAACAAGUAGGACAGUAGAACAAACAUUCACAGGUUUCUUGUACACAUUAUUUUGUAUUAUCUUGCUGCCUUUUACAAUUCUAACUUGAUAUUAUGUUUAUAAUUUUCCUAUCGAUGCCAUGCCAUACACAGCAGGAAGCCAGAUUAGGUGAGCCCUCCUUAACCUGGCUCCUUUCUACCUCAAGCUUUGAGAAAACAGAGGUGGCUAUUAGAACUGAACAUUCUAUCCCUACUCCAUCAUCAAACAUUCCUGUUUUUAUACGAUUCUAUAGACCCUUCCCUUUUGUCUAGAAAGAGUGACUUUCUUUCCACUCCAGAUCUGACAUCUCUUUCAUUUAUUCAUCAUCUGUGGUAGCCUGCAGGCCAGGAUCUGAGGAUCAGCAGAACAGCCUAUAGAGCAAAGUUGCCUGCCCUUGUGGAGCCCAGCCAGUGUCACUCAUCUUUGCCCUCAUCGUUAGCCCACAAAUUUUCGGAGUGCCAACUAUCCCCAGGCAUAGUACAGAUACUUGGAAUGUCUCACCUCUUUUACUCCUGCUGAGGAAUCCACGCAGUAGAAUUUGCUCACCCCACUUUACUGGUGAGGAAGUUCAGGCCAAAGGAGAUGGGGAGACUGAGACCAAGUCCCAGUGUCGGUAGAUGGUCAAGUCCAAUCUUGACGGCUGAGGACAAUAAGACAGGAACACUGGAGCCAGCCGAUGCUUUUAGGAGCCUUGGUGAGGGGGGAUGACACUAACGUGUGGCCUAAUCCCCCUUCCCCUACUCCCAUGCCAAAUACAACCUGAUGAUUCUCAAAAGAGCUUUUGCUUUAAAGUAGGUCUCCUCCGAAAGUGGAAAAGCAUGGUUCCCACAAGGUUUUGCCCGCAGAUGUGUAGCAGGUCCACGAAUAUUCCUGAUGUUCUGCUUAAAGCUGACGUUCACAAGGGGGAUGUCCAGUGUAUGGAAUGCAUUCGUCUCAGAGCCAGAAUGAAGACGUUUCUGAACAAGUUGUUACAGAAUGUAAAAUUAUGUAUGCAGAGAUCUUUCCAUGCGAGAAAGUUCCAAGUGCUCUGCAAGACUUGUGAGGGAGAUUAGUAAACGUGAUGCCCAAGAAAUGUAAAAAGGGGUGUAUAGAUGUUUGCCUUUUCACAGUGUCUGUUAUGCAGCCAGCAGUGGGCUCUGCAAACCUGUGUUUGAACCCAAAGUGGUAGUGCCUGCAUCAGAAGUCAGAAAACCACUGUGGGUUUUUUUCUGAACUGGAAAGAAGGAUUUAGGAUGGGCCAGUGCCCAGGGGACACGGGAAUCUGUCAUCUACAAGGCCAGAGUUUGAUGGCAGGUCCUAGGUCCUCAAUAUUGUGUUUCUUAAGCGGACAGCUGAGAUCCCAACAAGCAAGCUUACUGGAAGAGUACAGUCCAGGUGGUUCUCCCUGGCCAAUCUCUUUAAGAAACAGGUAAGAAAAAGGAGACACAAUGAGCAGGUUUGGGCCUCCAGUGGAAUAAUAUUUGCAAGGUUAUAGAAAUUCCAGAAUUUAGAAAAAUACAUGAAAGGUUUGGUGGACCCCAGAUUUUACAAGGUCCAGAGGCACUGGUCAAGGAAACUGAGCAGAAGCGCAGUCCCAAACCCAGUCAAAAGAGAAGUGCUUUAGGGAAUGCUGUGAGUGCGGGCUGAGGCCUCAUCCCCUGUGCAUCAGCUAGC